AUGUCAACCUCCCAGAUCUACCCAGUCUACAAAGUCAAAUUGAAACUAGGCAUCCAAGACCCCGACAUGCCAUCGCCCCGAUAUCACACCAUACUUUUCGUCCAGACAAACGCGCAAGGCCCGCGUAGCGGCAUAAAACACCACGUCACCGGCGAUAUCGUCACUGGCAUGCACUAUGAACCAGCAAAAUAUGACGACCCCGAGACUGACGAAAACUUCUUCUCAAAAGAACUCAUUGGACAUACCAGAGCUCUCAACUAUCCCCAAAACUGGAACGAUAUUCUCAAGUCUAUCCCCGCACCAGGGAAGCAGAAGGCGUUCAACAAAGUGACAAUGAAGACGGAGCCUGUUAAAAGUUGGGAUCCUGUGACGUUUUACGAGCCUGGAGAGCCUCGCCGGCCGUUGAUCAAAUGUACCGAGUGGAUUGAGGAUCACGCUAUUCCGAUCUUGAUUAAUGCGGGCCUGAUUCAGUGGAGACAUGAGCGUAUAGCUGGUGUUUAA